CUCCCGACUCCAAGUGCGUAAAGGAUAUCCGUUCAUUUCUCAGGCAUGCCGGUUUCUAUCGUCGAUUCAUCAAAAACUUUAGUUCUAUCUCUCGGUCUCUAUGCCAACUUCUUUCCAAAGACGUUCCAUUUGAGUGGACUACCACGUGUGAGCAAGCAUUCACCAAGUUAAAGGCUAACUUCACCACUCUUCCGAUUGUGCAACCACCGGAUUGGAAUCUACCAUUUGAGCUCAUGUGUGAUGCAAGCGACUAUGCCGUCGGGGCCGUGUUGGGACAACGGAAGGACAAACAUCAAUAUGUGAUCCAUUAUGCAAGCAAACCUUGAACGUUUGAACGACGCUCAAAUGAACUACACUACCACGAAGAAAGAGUUACUUGCGGUGGUGUUUGCUCUUGACAAAUUUCGGUCUCACCUUAUCAGUGGCGCCCCUAUUGUUGUGUAUACGGACCACUCCGCCCUCAAGUACCAACUUACCAAGCAAGAUGCCAAAGCCCAUUUGAUACGGUGGAUUCUUCUUCUCUAAGAGUUCAACCUAACCAUCAAGGAUAAGAAGGGUGUUGAGAAUGUGGUAGCCGACCACUUAUCGCGGUUACAAUUUGAGGAUCCUACUCCAAGUCUACCUAUCGUGGACACAUUUUCGAAUGAAUAAUUGCUUGCCGUUUCGAGUACCCCAUGGUUUGCCGACAUAGUGAACUAUUUGGCAACGGGUCUCCUACCCUCGCAUUGGUCUCCUCAAGAACGUCAUCGGUUUCUCUAUGAAGUAAGGAUGUUCUCUUAUGACGACCCCUAUCUUUUCAAGUAUUGCCAAGAUCAAAUAGUGCGCCAUUGUGUCCCAGAUUCGGAUCAACGAAAAAUUCUCGAGUUUUGCCAUUUGGAAGCUUGUGGAGGCCAUUACUCUUCUAAGAAGACUUCUGCCAAGGUGCUACAAUGUGGUUUCUAUUGGCCAACCUUGCGCAAAGAUGCUUACCACUUUUGUACCACUUACGAAUGUUGUCAAAAGCUUGGGAGUAUGACUCGGAAGGACGAAAUGCCACUCACUAGUAUUCUAGUAGUUGAGAUCUUCGAUUGUUGGGGCAUAGACUUCAUGGGACCAUUCCCCGUCUCUUUCGGUAACUUGUACAUCUUGUUGGCGAUGGAUUAUGUGUCAAAAUGGGUAGAAGCAAUCGUAACACGUACCAACGAUGCGAAGGUAGUGGUGGAGUUCCUCAAGGAUAACAUCUUAUCACAAUUUGGGAUGCCAAGAGCCAUCAUAAGCGACCAAGGCACUCACCUUGCAAUCACAUUUUUGAAGCCUUGA